GUGUGAAAUUGAAAUUCUCUGAGGUCACUUGGCUUCUACUUGAAUAACUGUGCUUCUCCUAAGCAAACAUGGCGGACAAAGCGUCAACCUGACCCCUGGACCGCCUAUAAAAAUGGCGACAGUACUUCCACUUCCUGUGUUUGCCCUCAACAAAGAUGGCGACGUCACUUCCUGUUUCGGGCUUCCGCCUUCAACAAAGAUGGUGCUUAUGGUAGAGGUUCCCUGACAGUCUGGAUUCCGGUUGUAGUUUUUUUUUUUUUUAGAAACGUGGUUGCAGACGGAGCAAUGGAGGCCAGAGACAAACAGGUGCUCCGCUCACAUCGCCUGGAGCUGGGUGCAGAGGUUCUGGUGGAGGGACUGGUUCUUCAGUACCUGUACCAGGAAGGCAUCUUGACAGAAAACCACGUUCAAGAAAUCCAGGCUCAGGCCACGGGCCUGCGGAAGACAAUGCUGCUGCUGGAUAUCCUGCCGUCCAGGGGUCCCAAAGCUUUUGAUGCAUUCCUGGAUUCCCUGAAGGAGUUCCCCUGGGUGAGAGAGAAGCUGCAGAAGGCAAGGGAAGAAGCUGCAACAGAGCUGCCUGCAGGUGAUGGGCUGACUGGGAUCCCCGCACACGUCCUCAACAGCUCCCCCUCAGAUCGGCAGAUUAACCAGCUGGCCCAGAGGCUGGGCCCCGAGUGGGAGCCUGUGGUGCUGUCGCUGGGACUGUCCCAGACCGACGUCUACCGCUGCAAAGCCAACCACCCCCACAACGUGCAGUCGCAGGUGGUGGAGGCCUUCGUGCGUUGGCGGCAGCGCUACGGGAAGCAGGCAACCUUCCGGAGCUUGCACGAGGGACUCCGGGCCGUGGAGGUGGACCCCUCGCUGCUGCAGCACAUGUUGGAAUGAUGCUGCCCACUGGGGAGUGGGUCCCCAGGUCACAUGUGCCAAAUCCUGACACUCAAAGCAGGUGGUUUUUUAGUUUUUCCUUUUUAAUGAUCCUUAGAUGAAAGGAAAAGAGAGUUUCCUCUUGACAUUACUUGGAAGGCCAGAUUGGUGAAUCCAUCUGUCGCAUUGGCCCAAUAAUCCAUUGUUUGUAAUGGCUUGAAGAUUGCAUUGUUGUAAUUGUGCAGUUUUUAAUUGUGUGGUUGCCUUUUAAUAGACUGGCAAAUAAAAAAAAAUACCGUGUUAUCACAUUACAUGCAGAUGUCUUAUACAUUAAACAUUCACUUUUAUGUUACCUUGAAGCUCAACUGUGGACUUUGCUAUUCAUAAUGAUGAUGAUAAUAAAAAGUGAAUUACUGUA